AUGCGACUUCCCGGGACUGCUGGCAGGAAGUUUCUGCUCGGCAGCAUCGUCUUCCUUUUAUGGAUAAAAUUACCCGACCAGCCCGUCAGUGCCUCGGUCGAGACGGAAAUCAUGGCAAAAUGGGCCGAGAACUUCGGCGAGGAGCUCUGGGAUCUGGCACAAACGAUGACGAAAGCGACGGAAAUUACGGCGAAAUACAAAGCCUACAAUGCGCGGGUAGAGCCCAAGAACGGUACGUCGUUGAUACAAUCGAUCGUGGAAAACGUUGGUCUCAUGUUCAUCCGCAAGAUGGACGCCAUCAAGUGCAUCAUUAAUCUGGCUGAGGAGUUGUCGGAGCAGUUUGAGUACAACGAAACGCUUGCGGACAACUUCUCGUACUAUUCCAGCAAAUACUCAAACAUUGAUGGCCGACCUGAGCCUGAGAUCCCAGAGACACUGCUGGAGAACGCCUGGAUGUAUCAGAACAUGUCGCUCAAUCCGGACACACACUUUUUCAACAUUUCGGUCAACACGUCGUACAGCUCGGUGCAUGUCCCACAAAACGUAUACGAUCGCUAUCCGUGGGUUUUGGAGGCACUCCAGUGGUCAGAAUCGCUGGACGAUGUGUUCGUGCAGAACUACAACUCCGAUCCGGCACUUUCGUGGCAGUAUUUUGGUUCGUACACGGGUAUGCUGCGUCACUAUCCGGCCCUGGAGUGGAAUCGCGAGCACGUGGACACGUUCGAUUGCCGCAAGCGAUCGUGGUACAUCGAGACGGCCACGUGUUCCAAGGAUAUCGUCAUCCUGCUGGAUAACUCCGGCUCAAUGACAGGCUACCGGAACUACAUCGCGCAGCUGACGGUGAAGAGUAUUCUCGAUACGUUUUCGAACAAUGACUUUAUCAACAUUUACAAAUACUCGAACGACGUAGAACCGUUGAUUCCUUGCUUCGAGGAUAUGCUAGUUCAGGCAACUCCGGAAAAUAUGCGAUUCUUUAACGAAUACGUACGAGAGCUUCUUCCGGAAGGAUACGCCAAUGUGAAGAAGGCAUUUGUUGCUGCAUUUGAGCUUCUUCAGAAGUACCGCGAAAUACGCCGUUGUAACGAGUCGGUCAGUGGAUGCAACCAGGCCAUCAUGCUCAUCACCGACGGUGUUCCGAGCAACAUCACGGAAGUGUUCGAGGCGUACAACUGGUUCGAGAAUGGGACAAAGAUUCCGGUGCGUGUGUUCACCUACCUGUUAGGCCGUGAGGUGACGAAGGUUCGUGAAAUUCAGUGGAUGGCUUGCUUGAACCGUGGCUACUACUCUCACAUCCAAUCGUUGGAUGAAGUGCAAGAGGAAGUGUUAAAGUACGUCACAGUUAUAGCUACCCCGUUGGUGCUGCAGGGUGUUGAACAUCCCCCAACGUGGACACAUGCCUUCACCGAUACGGCGGAAAACUUGCUUACGGAAGCAGACGAUGAUGAACCCCCAAGACUGCUGAUAGCUGUCGGUGCACCGGCGUUCGAUCGGAAAGCCAAUCACUACAAUGAAACGCGAACGGCCCGAUUGCUUGGUGUGGCCGGAACAGACAUCCCUGUCGAGGAUCUGGACGAGUUGACACUCCCGUACAAGCUCGGUGUCAAUGGGUACUCGUUCAUCGUCAGUAACAACGGAUACGUACUGAUGCACCCGGAUCUUCGACCCGUCUCGAACGGGCGACUGAAGGAGAACUACAACAGUAUCGAUCUGACUGAGAUUGAACAGAUCUACGACGAGAACAUCACCCGGUUGGUGGAAGACAUGACCGGACGGGAGAUGAGUCCGCUGAUCCUGGAGCUGCGACAGAAUCUCGUCUACUCGAGGUUCGGCAACAUGACCAAGUUGCCUGUGCGAUUCCACUACGACAAGAUGAGGCGCGUUUCGCUUGAGUAUCAGGACUACUACUAUGCACCACUCGAGAACACACCUUUCUCGCUGGGGUUGGUCCUGCCGCAUGAUUAUGGCAGUACCUGGAUUAAGGUGGGUGAUGAGAUCAAGCGCAACCAGCAUAUGGGGCUGAACAUCUCGGAUUUCUUCGUCGGUGACAAUUGGAAGGUGCAUCCCGAGUGGGUCUACUGCAAGUACCAUUACCUUGAGGGUCACGAGUUUAAAGAGCCUGAAGAUGAGCUGCGCCAUUUCCUAAACCGCUUGUACGAACCAACCUGGAAAUGGUCUCAACAGUACGAGCCCGACGGAAAUGAGAAGGAGUCCGACGGUCCCAACUGUGGCCGUAAAACGCUCGACGACGAUGCGUACUACUGCAACAAGGAGCUCGUGGAGCUGCUCAUCUUCGACGCGAAGGUUACCAACAACAGCUAUCGAAACUGGGAGUUUGAAAACGAAAAUGAGCGUAAGAUCAUCGAGAUGUACAACGCCACGUUGCGGUUUGUGGCCACGAUGAGCGGUCUGACGAGGUGGCAGUUCAUCUUUGGUGAGGUGGAAGUUGAUACGGAUAGUGAGUUCGGUGAUUACCACAAGAAGGCGAUCGAUGAAACGUGGUAUCGUAGUGCGAUCCUGCAGCACAAGAUCGAUCCGAAGAGCUUCGUGUACUCGGUGCCACAUGAAUCGGAUCCUCCUGAGGAUGGGGAGCUGAAGGUGACGGCUAGUAUGGCGAUAUUUCCCCGCGAUGGCGGCUUAGAGGCACCGGGGUGUGUUACAGGGUUCCAAUUCACGCACUCGCUUAUGUACGAGCGGUUUAUGGAGAUCACGUCCAAGACGACGUGUGACGGAUGCAUUGAAACGUGUGCUUCUGAGUCGCGUGAUUGCUACGUCAUCGACAACAACGGGUAUGUGGUGCUAUCAGAAACGUCCAACCACACGGGACGGUUCUUUGGUGAGAUCGAAGGUGCGAUCAUGCAAUCGAUGGUGGAUAAGGAAAUCUUCAACAUGAUCACCGUGUUCGAUCUGCAGGGUUUGUGUGAAUACGAGCGGGUUGUGGAAAACGACGCGAUGGCGUUGAUGCAUCCCAUGCGCCUUGUGAUGUUGGGCCUUAAGUGGAUGAUCGCAGAGAUCGCAAUUAUGUUGUCGCGGUUCGACUUUUGGGUGCACGGCAUACCCAGUCCUGAUUACUUUGGACAUGAGUACGACGACUACGACGAUACGCGUCCUUCCAAGCCGAAAAAGAUCCACGUCGACGAAGAGGAGGAAUACUUCAACCGACCGAAAGAGAUCAAGAAGGAGAUUGUAUACGAACCGUGUGAUAAGAAGUCAAACCUGUACGUAAUGCAGCAGGAGAAAUUCAUCAAGGGAGAAGGCUUCUUCUACGAGCCUCCACCAUCGGCAUUGGAAGACCUUUUGUAUCAGCCGUACUUUGCUAAACGCAUCCCGCGAUCGAACCUAAUGAUGGUAAUUGUGGAGAACGAGUACAAGGUUGAAAAGGUGGUGCUAUCAGCCCAACCCGAGGUGAUCUACCAUAACGAGUCGGAGGCACUACCGUGUGUGAAGACGAAGCUGAACUUUUUACCCCGCCGUCGACUGGAAGAAUGUUACACCGAUCAUCCGGACGAAGAACUGGUUGCCCAGUGUGGCAGUGGAUCCCGCCUAACCAUUCAACUGACUGUAGUGAUAUCGACUAUUGUAUCACUGUUGUUAUAUCGAUGUGCCCAAAACGCUAAUCCAAUUUUAAUGUAGAACGAUUUGAAAACGUAACCAAGUACCAUUUUGUACGAUCGCACGCACGCACGUGGCGUGAGGGUUGCCCCUUUAGCUAGAGCCACCUUUUCCCUGAUCACCGAAGACUAUGACUGUAGAGUGCGUGCACCUCGCGUGAUGUUUUGUGAUUUUUGAAACAUUUCGAAACACGCCCGAAACCGUGGAUCAGGUAAUACUAAUCUUAUUCGACGAACACACGUGUGUACCCACGGAACCGUACACCUUAACUUUGUUGAAUGAAGACACACUUUUGUAGGGGGAUAAGAUAGAGGAGUCAACUACAACAAAAAAACACGUGUUAACUUGUGAGACUAACAAUGUAAUCAGCUAGCCACCGGGGUUCACCUAGAAUCCGGCCACGUACUGGACGUAUGGACCAUCCUUUCCGAAAGACUACUAGCGCCACGUGACCGCUGGCUAGUAGCUACUGGCACUGGGAAUACUCUUGCCUCAAACUCUUUAUCGUACAACCGUUUUACUGUACACCAGGAACGCCAUCCACCUUCUCCAUCCAUCCAGCGAUGAAAUAUGAAGAGAUUUAUGUCGGAUACUAGGAAUAGACAAUGAGAGCACCGUUCGGCGUAACUGGUGGGUGCCUGUUUGUUUGUAGCACACGUUAACUUUAAUGUAGGAAAAUUUGUAUAAGAGAUGUUAGAGAGCAGAUCGACAUUGGUUUGCGAUAAUAAUGCACUUCGGGGAGGAUGCUCUAUUACUUUCCUUUUAUAACUGUGGAUUGUUAGAAUCGUAACACCCAUCGACAGAGGCGAGGAGUUUACUUUUUACGAGGCUGAGACGAAAGCUUUCAAUCAAAAAAACACAAUCGGAACCUAUUCUUAACCAGAAGAGCUUUAAAGCUGUGUUUGUUACGAUAAACCAUUCUGGAAGUUGAAAGUCGCAAAAUUGAGCUUAGCAUCCUGUUAGUUUCUAGGACUUUCCAGAACGUGACCGAGCGGUAGAAGAAUUUAUACUGACUCUGUAUUUAUUUAAUUGUUUCAAAUCUUUGAUAUGUUUUUAAUGGAUCUUCUAGAGCAAGAGUUUAUGCCACUAUUUACCAGUUUGACAAGAAUUAUGUAGACCUCUUUGGUCUCACAGCCUACCCAGUACUAGCUAAUCUUUCGUACAGUCCAUACACAUGGUCACUCUUUGCAGGGCAUGCUUUGUUUAUUUUUCUACAAUAUUGCCAAAAGACGUUAUUGUACGUUAGUAUUCCCUCCGCCAAAUGGAAUUUCCACCUAUAUACAGAACAUUAUAACAAUCAGUAGUAACAAAAACAAACAAAAAACAAUAAUAAUCGAUAUUCAACAUGAGUAAAAUGGAAACACCAACUGCUACUAGAAUACAGUUAAAACAAUAGACUUCAACAGAGGUAGCAAAAAGCAGGCAAGAUCGAAUUAAAUGGUCAAGACAUUGGAACAAGUUCCGAAGGCAACCGAUAAACAGAUGUCUAACAAUAAUGGAAAGGAGACAUUAGAAGCAAUCUCUUCAUUUGGAAAUAGUUACCAAAGUGUUAUGAGUAGGCAGUUACAUUUGCUCGUUUAGUUUGAACCAUCGCACAAUAAGUUUCGGUGCGGACAACGGACAUCGCGCCAAUGGUGAAAUGGAGUAGAUAGAUUAUAGUAGCCAGCUCUAGUCCUAGUAUAAUUUUCGUUAAUUAUUUACGUGACCAGGUUACAAGACAUAUUAGUUUGUAAAAAAAACGUCAGUUAAUACUCGCGCGCGCUCUACGGAGCGGAAAAGGGAUGUCGGAGCCGGUAUAUUUCAUUAUCCUAGCAAAGAUUGCUUAGAAAAUUAUACUACGAUCAUUUCGUAAGUCAUUAGCUGCAUUGUUCGUUCAUCUGCAGCAUAGUGAACAUGCCGGAAAAGCGGUCUUAGUGAUAAUUUGGAGAGCAAGGACACGUUUGAUGCUCUUGUCUCGCAUACCAUGCCAAGUUGUUCCUUCACUGUGUUUGUUACUUUUGUGUUUGUGUCACGGUUUAUGAGAAUAAAAAAAAUAGUUAAGU